AUGCGUAUGACGGUUCUCGCUAUGACAACGUCGUGGCGUAAGGCGAUGGUUCUUGCGCGGAAAUCGUAUUGGGGGCAAAACUCCUACGGUGCCACUCACACGGAUGUUGUCAAUUAUCAACAAAGAAUCGGAUAUUACUGUGGGGAUGAUGCCGUCGACGUCUUUCCAGUCGCUUUUGUGGACGUUUUCUUCUCAACGGGUGACUUGCCUUCUUUGAACUUGGCGACUUGUAACCCCACGGACAACGCUACUUUCUCUGGAACCUUACUGCCAGAUUGCUCAGCUUUGGCUUCUGAUAUCGAAACAUGCCAAGCUGCGGGAAAACUGGUCACCAUUAGCCUUGGAGGAGCUAAUGGUGGUGUUGGAUUUUCCAGUGAUGCCCAAGGUACUGCAUUUGCGCAGACCAUAUGGGAUUUAUUCUUGGGAGGAAGCAGCUCGACGAGACCCUUUGGUUCUGCGGUUUUGGACGGAGUAGAUCUCGACAUCGAGGGCGGAGGAGGAACAGGCUAUGCAGCUUUUGUGACUGAGAUACGUUCUCUUGCUAGUGGGGCGAGCAAGCAAUAUUAUAUCACUGCAGCUCCACAAUGUGUAUUCCCUGACGCUUCUUUAGGGUCUGUCAUUAAUGUAGUAGCUUUUGACGCCAUCUAUGUUCAGUUCUACGACAACCCCUGCGGACUUCCCUUCUUCGAGACUACGACAUGGAAUUUCGGUGUCUGGGAUAACUGGGCUAGGACGACAAGCCCUAACCCCAACGUCAAAGUAUUCCUCGGUGCACCAGCUGCGAGUCACGCCGCAGGCACUGGGUACCAGGAUCUGGCCACCUUAUCUAGCUACGCCGUGCAGAUGCGUCAAAGCUUCCCCUCCUUCGGUGGUGUAAUGCUUUGGGAUGAGAGUCAGGCAUAUGUGAAUGACCGAUAUGAUUUGGGAAUCAAGAACGCCUUGGUUGCCGCCGGAGGCACUGGCUUUACCUUCCCUGCUUGCUCGGCCCCUGCGUAUGUCGCCGGGACCGCUUACUCUGGCGGCUCCAAGGUUUCUUAUGAUGGAUACAUAUACGAGGCCAAAUAUUAUGCUGAUGAUGUACCGUCCAAUGACCCAAAUGGCGACUGGAGCGCGAGUGCUGGUGGAUCAUCGAGUGCAUCGAGUGCAUCGAGUUCUGCCACGAAGACUACUACUUCCACCUCUCAAACCACUACAACUGUGACUUCAACCACUACCUCUGCAUCUUCUUCUCCGACCUCUGGAUCUUGUGCGGGGAUUGCUGCCUGGACAAGCUCUGUAGCUUACGCGGGAGGCUCCCAGGUCACAUACAACGGUGAUUUGUGGACAUCGCUCUAUUGGUCUCAGGCUUCUACACCAGGGGGCAGCGCAGGAGUCUGGGUGGAUGAUGGGCCUUGCGUCGUUUCACGUAGAGAUAAGUACUACAAACGCACGCACAUCCCUCUGUCUGAAGUGAUUGAUCAAAUAACACAGAAGCAUCGAAAAUCAGCACGAGACUCCACUUGCAAAGUAAAAGUUGAGAAUGAAUGA